UUAUGGCGAGGGGCGCGGUGGAGCCCAGGCCAAAACAGUCCGGGUUUUCCUCCCCAACACAGAGCGGGAACACUUCAUCGCAGAGAACGGCCCGAAAUGAAACUCUCCAGCUCUAUCCUUGGACAUGGUGGCUAUGACUCUGAUUUCAGUGAUGAAGAAACAGGAGAGAAAGCCAACAAACAGAAAAAUAGAGAUGAAGAUGCAUUACUCAAAAAGCCCUUCCAGAAGGAAAAGCAGAGCCAGGUGGCUCACAGACAAGUGGCGACAGAUGAAUGGGACAGGGAAGAAGCAAGAAAUCAAAGAUUUCAUUUCAUAGCAAUGGAUGCUUAUGCAAGGCAUAAGAAAUUGGUGAAUGACUAUAUUUUAUACUAUGGUGGUAAAAAAGAAGACUUCAAACGUUCAGGACAGGAUGACAAGACCGAUCUUGAUAUUAUACGAGAAAACCAUAGAUUCUUGUGGAAAGAAGAAGACGAAGCUGACAUGAACUGGGAGAAAAGGCUCAGCAAGAAAUACUAUGAUAAAUUAUUCAAAGAGUACUGUAUAGCUGAUCUGAGUAAAUACAAAGAGAACAAGUUUGGAUUUAGAUGGAGACAUGAAAAAGAGGUCGUAUCAGGAAAAGGUCAGUUUUCCUGUGGAAAUAAGCACUGUGAUGAAAAAGAAGGUUUGAAGAGUUGGGAAGUGAAUUUUGGCUAUGUUGAGCAUGGAGAAAAGAAAAAUGCCCUUGUUAAAUUAAGACUCUGUCCAGAAUGCUCUUAUAAAUUAAACUUUCAUCACAGGAAAAAGGAGGUCAAGCCAACAAACAAGAGAAAAAGCACAGAACAAAGCUUUGAAGUAUUGAAUUGCAAGAAGUCUAAGUCAUCUGCACCACACCAAACAAAGCCAAAGAAAAAGAAGAGCCAUAAAGAUCAGACAUCAUUAGAAGAAUCGGACACUUCUGAUACAGAUUCUGACAAGGGUGACCAGCAAGAUGGUCCUUCAGAUGCUGAUUUCUGGAAGGGUCCACCACAGGACACAGAAGAGAAAACACGGGAGGAAGAAUUUGAUGAAUACUUUCAAGACUUGUUUCUCUGAAAUGUGGCACACAUCUCUACAAACGUUUUUAUGAAUCAUCAACAUCUGUCAGUAAAUAUCAAGCUUUCACAUUUCAUAACACACAUUUAUCAUUACAUGUGGUUUUAUUUAUGUCAUGCUGUGAGUUUUUUUGGCAUUUGUUUUCUUUUUUUAGACUAUGCAAGUUUUUGGCAAAGAGAAAUUUUUUGAAAAAAUGUCCCAAGACUUUUUAAAAAAUGAAUUAGGACAUGUGCAGCUCUUCUGACAGAAGCACAUUUCCUCUCUCCCACCAACCUUCUGAAGAUACACAGAUGUUGGAGACAGCCCGUUAAAUGUCAUGGGAUGUGUCGUGUUGAAAGGGGAGUAUCUGGUAGUCAAGUAAAAACACCUUCUGGGAGCAGAUCCAUUCCUUCCAAGAAAGAGGUUUCCAAGAUCCAGCACAUAUACUUUUGCAGAAUCAUAAUUCUAAGAUAAAAAGGCAAUUUACAGAAACUUUAAAGAGCCACCAAGAUGCAAUUUUGUUUUGUCUGUGGUCUGGAGAAGAGACAGAAGAAAAGCCCCAGGCCUAAUGUAAGAACAUAGAUCUUCCCUUUCCUCUGAGCUAAGAUAAAACAUAACUGUUGACACAAUAAAUGGUGUGCAAAAGUAUAGGUUAGGUGAUAAUGCUUUGAAAAUAAUCCUCUUCUAUCUGAGAAGGCUUAAUUUUCCAUCACUGCUGGAUCCCAUCUCCAGCCCUCUGAUCCAAAAUACCUUUUCUUGGAACUGUUCAACAUAUUUCAGUGGCUUACAUCUGGGAACAAGUUCACAUACCAUCUGCUGUGAACUGGAUUUUUUAAAGAUUUUGGUCCAAAAUGUCAGAAGGAUAUCUUAUUUGCUUAUCCCUAAUGAAACCAUAGCUGCUUAGAAAAAAUACUGUUUAUUUAGUGCCUGAAAUGCAUUUGUUAAAAAUAUUCAUUAAAUUAUGUUUUGACAAAGAG